AUGCUCCUUUCCAGAACCUCUCCAGCCCGGGGUGGGGGCCGUCUUAGGAUGUUAACCUCCCUGCUGCUUCUGGCUCUUACUGCCACCAUCAAUGCUGCCAAGACUCCUGUCCCCCCAGCCUGUGGGAAGCCCCAGCAGCUGAACCGGAUCGUGGGUGGCGAAGACAGUGCCGACGCUGAGUGGCCCUGGGUCGUGAGCAUCCAGAAGAACGGAACCCACCACUGUGCAGGCUCCCUGCUUACCAACCGCUGGGUGGUCACCGCUGCCCACUGCUUCAAGGACACUCUGAACAAGCCAACUCAGUUCUCCGUGCUGCUGGGCGCCUGGCAGCUGGGGAACCCUGGCCUGCGAUCCCAAGAAGUGGGUAUUGCCUGGGUGCAGCCCCACCCUGUGUACUCCUGGAGGGAGGGCUCCCGUGCGGACAUUGCCCUGGUGCGCCUCGAGCAUCCCAUCCAAUUUUCUGAGCGAAUCCUGCCCAUCUGUCUGCCUGAUUACUCCGUCCACUUCCCUCCGAACACCGACUGCUGGAUUGCAGGCUGGGGGAGUAUCUCUGAUGGAGUGCCCCUGGCCCACCCUCAGACCCUGCAGAAGCUGAAGGUUCCCAUCAUCGACUCAGAAAUCUGUGGCCGCCUGUACUGGCGGGGAGCUGGGCAGGGAGCUAUCACUGAGGACAUGCUGUGCGCCGGCUACCUGGAAGGGGAGCGGGAUGCCUGUUUGGGCGACUCCGGAGGCCCCCUGAUGUGCCAGGUCGAAGACACCUGGCUGCUGGCAGGGAUCAUCAGCUGGGGCGAGGGCUGUGCAGAGCGCAACCGGCCCGGGGUCUACAUCAGCCUGUCCGCCCACCGCCCCUGGGUGCAGAGGAUCGUGCAAGGGGUGCAGCUCCGCGGACACUCGCGGGGAAGCCAACGGCGCGGGUUAAGGAUCCGGAGACAAACAGCUGCAGCUGCCCGAGGCGCCCCAGCCGCCUGA